ACAGAGGACGCCUUGGCAACAGAGGACAGCCUGUAAUCAGAAAUUAGCAGUGGACAGAGUCUGAAAUCUUUGACUGAGACCCGGUCUGGUCUUCUGUCGCAAGAAGAGGACGUGCCCGGCGAUUUCAGAGAAGGACACCGAGUAUGGUUUGGUCCCGGGAGAGAGAGGCGGAGCGGCCCCCGCUGUCCGUCAUCCUGCCGCAGCUCUACCUUGGAGCGGAGAGCGACGUCACGCAGGACCUGCUGGCCUCUCUAGGUAUUUCCUAUGUGCUGAGUGUGAGCCGUUGCAGCCCCCAGCCCUCCUUUCUUCCCUGCUCCAGAUAUCUCCGCAUUCCCAUUGACGACUCCUUGUGGGACGACCUUCUGCCCUGGAUCCCGCAGGCUCUGCACUUCAUCGAUGCAGCCAUGUCCUCUGGUGCCUCUGUGCUGGUUCACUGUGCAGCAGGAAUCUCUCGCUCCCCAGCUCUGGCUGUUGCCUACAUCAUGUACAGCCUGGGGAUGGACCUGGACCACGCCUACAGGUUUGUGAAAGAACGCCGACCCUCCAUUUCCCCAAACUUCAACUUCCUGGGUCAGCUGCAGCACUUCCAGGGAACUCUUAGCCAAAAGGACUCUGGUGGUGACCUCCUCAUCCAGCAGCUAAAUAAUCACCUCCCAUCUAUCAAUGACAGUGUUACCCGCACUCAGACCAAUCAGAACAUGAAUUAUCAGGCUGACAGUGUCACCAGCGAUUCAGCAGAGGUCAAGCAGGCACACAGAGUGAAUUUCUACCACACAAACAAAACACUGCAGAGACACUCACUUUCAGAUACAAGUGGACAGCACCAACUUUCCCUGUCAGGGAAACUCUGGACUCUUCAAUUGACUCUCAAUCAAAACCAGCCGCAACUCCAGAUGCCAUGUGAGGUUCCAGCUACAAGCCACUGUGAGCCAGUAAAAUCAGCAACAAAGUCUACACAGCUACAACUCCCUGCAGGCUCUACUUCUCUACUAGAGAAACGCAGAAGCCUUACCCUCUCUUUGACCCCAAUGGGAAUAUGCCCUCCCUCCCUAGCAAGCAGCAGCCAACAAGCAAGGGAAACCACCAUGUCCAAAACUUUCCACAAUAGGGAGAUGAGAGAAAGGCCACAGGCAAAGACACAAAGCAACACUUGCCUCUAUAGACAGGCAGAGGACACCCAUGGGGUGCAAAGUCCCUCCCACAGCAAGUGCAGCAGAGCUGAGGUGAGGGAGCAGGGCCUGCUAUCGCCAUUCAGCUUCACCCUCAACAAGCUGCUGGGCUGGGGGGAGAGGGUGCUGCUGGGAGGGGUGUUUGCCCACCCUGUAAGGAUGGGACAGCCUGCACUGCCAUACAGAUGCUGAGGGUGCUGGGGGCAGGAGCAGCUGAUUUCAGGAUGCUAGGUGUGUCUGUUUAUGUCUGUGCAUGUUUGUCAAAAGGAAUCAAACUGACAUGUGAUAUGACUGAUACAUGAUCGGUACAUACAGGAGGUCUGAAAGAACUUUUGUCCUUUAUUAUUUAUUGCUGAAUAUCGCUAUACUUGACAAUAAUCCUCCACACGAAUGGUUCUGACACUGGUGACCUUAUCUAGCCAUUUGUAAGAUGCAGUUAUUUUAAAUUACUUUGAAAAAAACUUUUGCCACAAUGGCUUGAAAUGUAUGUACAUUAAAGAUUAAAAAUGA